CAUAAUAUUACUGCAAAUGUCCCUGUCAGUGCGCGUCAGUCAGAGAAUAAGCUGGCCGAGAGUAGGGGGGAGAAAGAGAGAGUUUGUUACUAAGGGAAUAAUUGAUUCUGCACAAGGAAACACUCAAUAAAGACUCUGACCGAGAGGACAGUCAUGGGAAUCCGGAAGCCAGAGAUUCACCUGUAAACAACAAAAGACGCUCUCCCCCCUCAGACAGGCCUCCCUUUGGCGCUCAUCUAAGUACACACCACAGCAUCUCUGCUGAUGAGCAGGACAGCCCAGAACGAAUUGUUCAGAAGGAAAAACUCCAUGCAGAACUAAAACAAGUUUUGAGUCAGAAGAGAAGCCUGCAUAGAGACACACAAUCCACCCUCACAGAUAUGGAGGAACCCCCCAAGACAGAAAAUAAAAAUGAGGUGGAGAAGGACAACCAGUUGUCAGAGCUUGUGGAAGUGGUUGUUGAAACACAGGCUGAGGUUGGAGCUAGUGGGUACAGUGUUGUGGGUGGAGGGGAGCAAGGCAUCUUCAUCAAAGAGGUCUUGAAAGACUCCCCAGCAGCGAAGCACCUCAGUCUACAGAAAGGAGAUCAACUGCUAAGUGCCAGGGUGUAUUUUGAUAACGUCAAAUAUGAGGACGCAUUAAAAAUUCUUCAGUGUGCAGAACCCUACAAAGUGUCCUUCUUUUUGAAGAGGACUGUGCCAGGAAGUGAAGUCAGCAUACGUCCAGGUGCACAAAAUCUUGAGCUCAGAGGACCUAAGGCCAAGAUGCAAAAAAUGAGCGUCAAAAGCGUGAAACCGUUCAAAACCAAGAAAAGGAGAGGAGGAAGAUUUGGAUUGAAAAGACUGAAAGAGAACAAAAAUGCAAGAGCACGGGCAGAGCUGGACAUUGAGGGCUCACCUGGUAGAUCAGACCUCAGUCCUGUUGAUGUUGAGUUUGUAUUCCCCAAAUUCAAGUUGAGGAAAGGUGGGAAGGCCACUGGAGACAGAUCAGGACAUCUGGAGGGCGUUAUCACUAGUGCUAAGAAGAAGAGGAAUAUCAGAUUUCCAAAGAUGAAGGCCAUGGAUUCUGCUGUCGGUGAAGGGAAUGUCAAUGUAGAUGUUUCAACACAGGAGGGAGAGGCCACCGGAGCAAAGCUGAAGGCCAAAAUGAAAGGUCCAAAAUUUGGAAUGAACUUCCCUAAAAUUAAAAAGUCAAAGUUAGACAUAAAAUCUUCAAAUGACAGUUUUGAUGUGAAAGAACUAGAGGGCAAAUUUAAGCCUCCAUCAGUGGAGUAUGAUCUUAACAUGCCUCAGGGCAAAGCUGGAACUAAUGUUCCUAAUCUUGAGGUUAGUGUUAAAGGAAAAGGAGAGGAUCCUGAGAUAAAAAUGCCGAAGACAAGUCUGGAUGUCUCCGAUACAAAGGUGACAGUCCCAAAGUUCAAACUGCCGAAGGUAAGACUUUCUCGUCAUUCAGAUGAAAUUGAUGGAGAGGCAAGUAAAGAAACUGAUACAUCUGGAAAUAAACUGAAAAUGCCCAAGAUUGACAUCAAAGCACCAAAUGUGGAUUUGGACUUGCAUCUCCCAAAGACUAAGGGCAAGGCUGAAUUCAAAGAUGUUGAAGUUCCUGACUUCAAUGUAAAAGGAAUAAAAAUCAACACUGCCAUGUCUGACACAUCAUUGCCAGUUCUAAACCUUGAUGCAAAACAAAAAUUUGGAGAUGACAUUGAUGGAUCGAUGGACCAAAAGCAUAUGAUUUCCCUCCCUAAACUUGACAUUGCAGUGCCCAACAUGGAGACAUCAGAAGUGGACAUUGAUAUUAAAGGGCCUGAGGUCGACAUUUCUUUGCCAUCCAUUGAUACGACAUUACCAAAAGGAAAAAUAGAUGCUGGUGUUGAGGUCGAGGGUCAUUCUGGAAAAGCAGACAUGCCCAAAAUUGAUCUAAAAAUGUCACUGCCAGAGGGUAAAUCUGAUUCUCAAAGUCCUGAUGUAGAAAAGUUUAGCAUUCCUGGAGCUGAUAUUUCAUUACCAAAAGGAAAAACAGAUAAACAGAUUCAUCUUGAGGUUGAGAUAGGAGAAAAGUUUCAGAUUCCUGAAUCUGAUAUAAGUCUACCUAAACUCAAAUCAGGAGAUGUUGAUUUUGAUGUUCAAAGAACCGAAAGGAAGUUUCACAUGCCAGAAAUUGAUAUUUCAUUGCCACAUAGGAAAGACGAAAUAGAUAUUAGUGUGGAACCUUCUGGUAAAUAUGGCAAGGUUGAAAUGCCAAAAGUUGAUAUCUCAAAUGCCAAAUUUCAAAUGCCAAAAUCUGACAUUAAUUUACCACAAAUAAAAUCAACAGGGACUGAAAUAAAUAUUGAAGGACCGGAGGUGAAGGGUGGGAAGAUAGAUAUGCCAGCUGUUGACAUUUCUCUUCCACAAGGAAAGGUAAAGGGAGUUAGUAAGGGGGGAAAGUUUCAUUUGCCUCAAGUUGAUUUGUCAUUUCCAAAGAUUAAAACAAGACAUGUGGACGUCAGUGUUGUAGGACCUGAGGUAAAAGGAAGCAAAGUUCAUACACCAGCCCAUGACAUUUCUUUGCCUAAAGUUAAAACUGAAUCAAACAUUGAUAUAGAAGGAACAGGAAGAAGGUUUGAAAUGCCAAAAAUUGAUGUUUCACUGACAAAAUUAAAAGCUCCAGAAGGAGAAAUAAUAGCUGAAUCUCCUCAGAUUCAAGGAGAAAAGUUAAAUAUGCCAUCAAUUGAAAUGUCCCUUCCAAAAGGGAAGGUUAAAGGAAACAUUGACAUUGAUGGCAAAACUACAGGAGCAAGUAAAGUUCAGUUGCCUAAAUUUGAUAUUAGCUCACCUAAAAUUAAAUCUUCAGAGGGAGAAGUCAAUAUAGAAGCACCUGAUAUCAAGGGCGGACAGAUUCACAUGCCCUCUGUAGAUAUCUCUCUACCAGCAGGAGGAGCAGGAGCAGAUGUAGAUAUUGAAGGACGUUCAGGAAAAGGAAGAAAAUUUGAAAUGCCUAAAUUUAAUGUUUCCUUGCCUAAAUUAAAAACAUCAGGGGGUGAAAUCAAUGUUGAAGGUCCUGAUAUCAAGGGUGGAAAGUUUUACAUGCCGUCUGUAGAUAUCUCUCUGCCAGGAGGAGGAGCAGCAGGAGGAGAUGUAGAUAUUGAAGGACAAGCAGGAAAAGGGAGAACAUUUGAAAUGCCUAAAUUAAAACCGUCAGGAGAUGAAAUUAAUGUUGAAGGUCCCGAUAUCAAGGGUGGAAAGAUUCACAUGCCCUCUGUAGAUAUCUCUCUGCCAGGAGGAGGAGCAGGAGGAGAUGUGGAAGUCGAAGGACAUGCAGGAAAAGGAAGAAAAUUUGAAAUGCCUAAAUUUGAUGUUUCCUUGCCUAAACUAAAAUCAUCAGGAGGUGAAAUCAAUGUUGAAGGUCCCGAUAUCAAGGGUGGAAAGAUUCACAUGCCCUCUGUAGAUAUCUCUCUGCCAGGAGGAGGAGCAGGAGGAGAUGUGGAAGUCGAAGGACAUGCAGGAAAAGGAAGAAAAUUUGAAAUGCCUAAAUUUGAUGUUUCCUUGCCUAAACUAAAAUCAUCAGGAGGUGAAAUCAAUGUUGAAGGUCCCGAUAUCAAGGGUGGAAAGUUUCACAUGCCCUCUGUAGAUAUCUCUCUGCCAGGAGGAGGAGCAGGAGGAGAUGUAGAUAUUGAAGGACAUGGAGGAAGAAAAUUUGAAAUGCCUAAAUUUGACAUUUCCUUGCCUAAAUUAAAACCAUCAGAGGGUGAAAUCAAUGUUGAAGGUCCUGAUAUCAAGGGUGGAAAGUUUCACAUGCCCUCUGUAGAUAUCUCUCUGCCAGGAGGAGGAGCAGGAGGAGAUGUAGAUAUUGAAGGACAUGCAGGAAAAGGAAGAAAAUUUGAAAUGCCUAAAUUUGACGUUUCCUUGCCUAAAUUAAAACCAUCAGGAGGCGAAAUCAAUGUUGAAGGUCCCGAUAUCAAGGGUGGAAAGAUUCACAUGCCCUCUGUAGAUAUCUCUCUGCCAGGAGGAGGAGCAGGAGGAGAUGUAGAUAUUGAAGGACAUGCAGGAAAAGGAAGAAAAUUUGAAAUGCCUAAAUUUGACGUUUCCUUGCCUAAAUUAAAACCAUCAGGAGGCGAAAUCAAUGAUAUCAAGGGUGGAAAGAUUCACAUGCCCUCUGUAGAUAUCUCUCUGCCAGGAGGAGGAGCAGGAGGAGAUGUAGAUAUUGAAGGACAUGCAGGAAAAGGAAGAAAAUUUGAAAUGCCUAAAUUUGACGUUUCCUUGCCUAAAUUAAAACCAUCAGGAGGCGAAAUCAAUGUUGAAGGUCCCGAUAUCAAGGGUGGAAAGAUUCACAUGCCCUCUGUAGAUAUCUCUCUGCCAGGAGGAGGAGCAGGAGGAGAUGUAGAUAUUGAAGGACAUGCAGGUAAAGGAAGAAAAUUUGAAAUGCCUAAAUUUGACGUUUCCUUGCCUAAAUUAAAACCAUCAGGAGGUGAAAUCAGUGUUGAAGGUCCUGAUAUCAAGGGUGGAAAGUUUCACAUGCCCUCUGUGGAUAUCUCUCUGCCAGGAGGAGGAGCAGGAGGAGAUGUAGAUAUUGAAGGACAUGCAGGAAAAGGAAGAAAAUUUGAAAUGCCUAAAUUUGACGUUUCCUUGCCUAAAUUAAAACCAUCAGGAGGCGAAAUCAAUGUUGAAGGUCCUGAUAUAAAGGGUGGAAAGUUUCACAUGCCCUCUGUAGAUAUCUCUCUGCCAGGAGGAGGAGCAGGAGGAGAUGUAGAUAUUGAAGGACAUGCAGGAAAAGGAAGAAAAUUUGAAAUGCCUAAACUGGAUGUUUCCUUGCCUAAAUUAAAGCCAUCAGGAGGCGAAAUCAAUGUUGAAGGUCCCGAUAUCAAGGGUGGAAAGUUUCACAUGCCCUCUGUGGAUAUCUCUCUGCCAGGAGGAGGAGCAGGAGGAGAUGUAGAUAUUGAAGGACAUGCAGGAAAAGGAAGAAAAUUUGAAAUGCCUAAAUUUGAUGUUUCCUUGCCUAAAUUAAAACCAUCAGGAGGUGAAAUCAGUGUUGAAGGUCCUGAUAUAAAGGGUGGAAAGUUUCACAUGCCCUCUGUAGAUAUCUCUCUGCCAGGAGGAGGAGCAGGAGGAGAUGUAGAUAUUGAAGGACAUGCAGGAAAAGGAAGAAAAUUUGAAAUGCCUAAAUUUGAUGUUUCCUUGCCUAAAUUAAAACCAUCAGGAGGCGAAAUCAAUGUUGAAGGUCCCAAUAUCAAGGGUGGAAAGUUUCACAUGCCCUCUGUAGAUAUCUCUCUGCCAGGAGGAGGAGCAGGAGGAGAUGUAGAUAUUGAAGGACAUGGAGGUAAAGGAAGAAAAUUUGAAAUGCCUAAACUGGAUGUUUCCUUGCCUAAAUUAAAGCCAUCAGGAGGUGAAAUCAAUGUUGAAGGUCCUGAUAUCAAGGGUGGAAAGUUUCACAUGCCCUCUGUGGAUAUCUCUCUGCCAGGAGGAGGAGCAGGAGGAGAUGUAGAUAUUGAAGGACAUGCAGGAAAAGGAAGAAAAUUUGAAAUGCCUAAAUUUGACGUUUCCUUGCCUAAAUUAAAACCAUCAGGAGGUGAAAUCAGUGUUGAAGGUCCUGAUAUAAAGGGUGGAAAGAUUCACAUGCCCUCUGUAGAUAUCUCUCUGCCAGGAGGAGGAGCAGGAGGAGAUGUAGAUAUUGAAGGACAUGGAGGAAAAGGAAGAAAAUUUGAAAUGCCUAAACUGGAUGUUUCCUUGCCUAAAUUAAAACCAACAGGAGGUGAAAUCAAUGUUGAAGGUCCUGAUAUCAAGGGUGGAAAGUUUCAGAUGCCCUCUGUAGAUAUCUCUCUGCCAGGAGGAGGAGCAGGAGAAGAUGUAGAUAUUGAAGGACAUGGAGGUAAAGGAAGAAAAUUUGAAAUGCCUAAACUGGAUGUUUCCUUGCCUAAAUUAAAACCAACAGGAGGUGAAAUCAAUGUUGAAGGUCCUGAUAUCAAGGGUGGAAAGUUUCAGAUGCCCUCUGUAGAUAUCUCUCUGCCAGGAGGAGGAGCAGGAGGAGAUGUAGAUAUUGAAGGACAUGGAGGUAAAGGAAGAAAAUUUGAAAUGCCUAAACUGGAUGUUUCCUUGCCUAAAUUAAAGCCAUCAGGAGGUGAAAUCAAUGUUGAAGGUCCUGAUAUCAAGGGUGGAAAGUUUCAGAUGCCCUCUGUAGAUAUCUCUCUGCCAGGAGGAGGAGCAGGAGGAGAUGUAGAUAUUGAAGGACAUGGAGGUAAAGGAAGAAAAUUUGAAAUGCCUAAACUGGAUGUUUCCUUGCCUAAAUUAAAGCCAUCAGGAGGUGAAAUCAAUGUCGAAGGUCCCGAUGUCAAGGGUGGAAAGAUUCACAUGCCCUCUCUAGAUAUCUCUGUGCCAGGAACCACAGAAGGGGGUCUUGAUCUGGAUGAUGAUGCUAAAAAAGGUUUAAGAUUUCACAUGCCCAGUGUUGGUAUCUCUCUCCCAAAAUUGAGACAAACAGAUCGGGAGCUAAAAGUUGGGUCAGAGAAGAAAGACAUAGACAUCUCAGUACCUAAACUGACUCAUGAUUCUGAUAUUGAGACCAAAGCUACCGGUACUAAAAUUAUUGAUUUAAAUGUCCCUGAGGUAACUUUGGGUGGGAACAUCAAGCUGCCAAGUGUAAAAAUACCAACUGUUGACAUAUCUGCUCCUAAAGUUGACCUAGACUUUACUCUUCCAAAGGGAAAGGGCAGCGAUAGAGAAAACAUUGAACUUCUUAAGGCGGAGGGUGGAAGGCCAUCAUCUGGGGCAAGUUUUGAUGUUCCAGAGGUGUCUGUAAAAAUGCCCAAAAUUUCACUUCCUAAAUUUGGCAGAAAAUUGAAAAAUGGAGACAAACUAGAACUACAGAGUCCUGACUUAUCUAUAGAUUUGGACAUGGAAAGAACAUCACCAUCAGUGCAAACAUCUAAAAAGGAUAUUGAAAUAACUGGUCCUGAGGCUGAAAUAAAGAUAAAAGCAGGUGCUGGAGAAAUUACAAAACCAGAAAUCAAAGCAGAGUGUCCUGAUGGUAAGGUCAAAUACAAGCUCAAAUUCCCCAAAUUUAAGACACCUACUCCAAAAGCAAAGCUCAAAGAUGUAGAAAUGGAUAUGCCUGGAUAUGUGGAAAACAGAGGAAAGGUCAGAAUGCCAGCAGUUGAGAUAUCAUUGCCGACAGCAAAUAUUCCAGAAUGUGAGGUAUUGCUUCCUAAAACUGAGGUUGAUGUAUCUGAAGCAGAUAUCAGAGGUUAUGAGGGCAGUUUGAAAAUUCCUAAGAUGCCAACAAUUGACAUAUCAGUUCCAAAAGUUGAUUUGGAUGUUUCCUUGCCAAGGGUAAAACUUCAUGAAUCAGUGGACUCUUCUGACUUAAACACUGAUAGUAGCAAGGGCACAGUAAAUUUUCCCCAUGUCAAGAUCCCUAAAGUGGACGUUUCACUUCCUCAUGGAAAAACAGGUGACACAGAUAACCAUGACGUGGAGAUUGGACAGAAGGGUAAAUUAAGAAUGCCAGAAGUGGAAAUAUCAUUACCACAUGCAAAACAUCACACAUCUAGCACUGACACUGAAAUUAAAGGUGAAAAGCUCAAAAUACCAAAAAUUUCAGUGCCCAGUGUUGAUAUAUCAUUGCCUCAUGGGAAAGCAAAAGAAAAUUAUGAUCCUGAACUAGAAUUUGGAGUGAAAAGGAGUAAAUUAAAAAUGCCUGACAUUACAGUGCCUAAGAUAGAUUUAUCACUACCUCACAGAAGCAAAGAAGAAAGUCACUCACCUGAUUCAGAACUAGAAGGUGGAAAAUUAAAGAUGCCAGCAGUUGAUAUAUCCCUUCCUAAAAUAAAAUCUAAAGAUGUUGAGACUUCAGUGUCUGUGGAAGCAGAAGGUGGACAAUGUAAAAUGCCUGAUAUUAAGGUACCACAGGUAGACGUUUCAUUACCAGAUGCAGACAUGCUAGAUCCUUCUACUGAUGCGAGUCUUAAGGAUUCACAAAAAGAGGGUAAAAAGAUGAGGAUGCCUAAUGUGGAUCUAGAGCUGGAUCUUAGCUUAUCAAGAGAAGGAAAAAAGAAUAAAAAGAAGACUGAUCUUCCUGAUACUAAUCUGGAAUCCACCACACCAAAAGAAAAAAUAAAAGGGCCAAAACUUAAAGGUUCAAAAUUUAAUAUUGGAAUGCCAAAAGCAAAAGUAUCUGGAUUAGAAACCGACAUAAACAAGUCUGGAAAAACGGAUGCUAAAUUUCUAAAAGGAGGAACUGAUGAGAACUUGAAAGCUGAUUUACAAGCACCAAAGAUUCCCGAACUUGACUUUGAUAUCGAGACUGCCCAAGGUGACACUUCUGAGCAGACAGGUAAAGUCAAAAUUCCAAAGUUUGGGAUACCUCUGCCUUCUUUAACUUCACCUGACGCCAACAUCAAAUCAUCUCAGGGAAAAGGUCACUAUAUAAACAUACACUCUGAGGUAGAGUAUGAAAGCCCACAUAUGCCAAAAGUAACAAAAGCUGUAUUUGUUAUGGUGAAUCCACAAACAGAGAACACUGCUAGUGUAGGUGGUGAAGCAAGUGCAGAAAUUGGAAAUGAGAAGCUCAAGCAGCCAAAGAUCAAAAUAAAGCCGAGUUUUGGCAAGUCUCGAUCAAAUGAAAAGGGGAAAGCAAUGUAUUGUGAAGAUGAGGUUGAAACUGAGGGAAAGUCAAAAACUGCUAAGCUUAAAUUGCCCAAAGUCACGUUUUCGUCUGGGCACAGAGGAUCAUUUGAUGUAACACCAAGCGGGUCUGAUGAUGGAACAAGUCCAAAUCUAAAUGGCGACAAAGAUGAAAAAUCAGUGUUCGGAAAGCUUAAAUUGCCUAAAUUGGAGUUUUUCUCACCAUACUCAAAAGAUGCAAGUGAGGAAGAGGAAAUGGAAACGAGCAUGAAACUCAUGAAAGAGACCUCAGCAGAAAGCAAAGAGAGCAAGGAGUCAAAGACAAUAUCAGGAGAAAUGUCUUUCUCAGGUCUCAAGAAGACAACUGAGAAGAGUGAGGAGGUUAAAAAGAUUAGUACUAUAGUAUCCUCAAAAGCAAGGACUGAAAUGUUGGAAGAACGGGAGGGAUCUGAGUCCCCAGUGCCCACAGUAUCAGCUGGAUUUGUCUCUGUAAUGAAGAGUGAAGAAAGAGAAGAGACAACAUGGUUCAAAGUACCCAAGGUCACCCUCAGUCCCCAUUCUACUGGCAUCCUUCAUAUCACACCAGAAAGCUCUCCAAAAGGAAGCAGGUCCUCUCUUCCUUGCUCCAGUGAGGAAGCCUCUGGAGGUUUCUAUGUGAAGAUGCCAAGCAUAGAAUUUUUGACCCAUGAAAUGCCCUCAGAGCAUCUGAUUACUAAAACAGAGGGAACUCACACUGUCGUGACUAAGACGACAAAGUACACAGAAACAAAAAGUACCAGUUCGAAACAAUAAGAAUCUCAAAACUGUUACAGAACUGUCACAUACAAUUGGUAGUGGAAUUUUUUUUAGGCCCAAAUAUUUUUAUAUGUGACAAUUAUGUCACUCUUGCGGGUUUUAUUCUAUGUUAAGUAAAGAAAGCAAAGUAUUUUCUCCAGCUUUUGCAAGAAAAACAUAAAAUACAUAAUGAAAAUGUGCUACAGAAAGAAUAUUAUUUAUUUAUUGUAGACCUUAUUUUCAUGUUUUGUAACUUGCCACUCUGUAUGACACUUUGAAUUGAUAUAUUUGUAAUUAUCACACAUAUACACACAAAAACAUUUUGUUGUAGAUUAAAAAAACACAACAUAGGUGCAAAUAUAGCAGACAGAUAAAAUGCAAAGAUAUUUAAAAACAUUACAUUUAUUUUUGUGUAUGCUUAUGCUUUUCUCAUGCACAGAAUGAGAUUUAUACUGUAGAAUUUUACACCAUUUUGGUAAUAUUGCUUUGCUUUUUCGAUGCCUGGUUUGUCUCUGUGGUUUUUGGUUGUUGUUAUGGAAUUGUGUUUAAUUUAGAUACUAUUAGAAGUACAUGUCCUAUUUUUACAUAUUUAUAUGCAUGAUCUGUACAGAUAAGACACAUAAAGAAACCUUGUAAUGUUGUGUUUUUACAUAUUUUUGUGACUUUUAAGAACAAUUUAAACAAUAUAAAGUUUUUUUUUCCUAUUCACAUUUUUCUUAAGGAUCGUGACAUGCUGCACCAGAUAGCAUUUCUCUGUUCAUGAGAAAGGCUCUGAAUUCUUGUGAAUUGAAAACACUGAGUGUGAAAUGUUUUUCUUUUAUUUUCUUUUUAAAAUUAACUCUUGUGUUGGUGAUGGAAUUAGAUUACAUGCAAGCAAUAUUGUUGUAUAUGUAUUAUAUUUAAGGCAGGAUUAAGUACUGAACUGCAUGUUUGUAAUGUGUUGCUUUUUUUGAAACAGUCAUUUAGAUGAUGCUUAUCUCCAUCUAGUGCAAAAAUAGAACAGUCAAAUAAAAUAUUAACAUUCUAA